AUGCAUUUAGAAGACUGGCUGGAUGAUUUGUGUGUCCGUUUCAUUAUAAACCUCCCUCGCGAAGAGCUUGAGUCAGUGGAGCGGAUCUGUUUCCAAGUGGAGGAGGCACAAUGGUUCUACGAGGACUUCAUUCGACCGCUCGAUCCCGCGCUCCCCUCGCUGACUCUGAAGGCGUUUGCGUUGCGCAUUUUCCAGCACUGCCCGCUCAUGUCGCAAUGGUCUCAUUACCACCACAUCACGGCAUUUUCCGAGUUUCUUGCCUACAAGACACGCGUCCCCGUGCGCGGUGCGAUAUUGUUGAACCAUGACAUGGACGAGGUCGUCCUGGUGAAGGGGUGGAAGAAAGGCGCCAACUGGAGCUUUCCCAGAGGCAAGAUCAACAAAGGUGAAAAGGACCUGGACUGUGCUAUUCGUGAGGUCUACGAAGAGACUGGGUUUGACGUCCGCGAGGCCAACCUGGUCAAAGAUGAGGACAAUGUCAAAUUCAUCGAGAUCACCAUGCGCGAACAGCAUAUGCGGCUCUAUGUGUUCCGUGAUGUGCCCCGCGAGACGCAUUUUGAACCACGCACGCGAAAGGAAAUCAGCAAGAUCGAAUGGUACAAGCUGUCGGAGCUCCCGACGCUGAGGAAGAGCAAGCAAAACGAUGAAGGGUUUGCUGUCGCCAAUGCGAACAAAUUCUACAUGGUUGCGCCGUUCUUGAAUCCGCUGAAGAAGUGGAUCGCCCAGCAGAAGAAGGUAGUUGCCAAGGCCGGACCGAAACAGUUCCACGUCGAGGACUACACUUCCAUGGACAAGACAGGUAUCCCACUGUCCGCGGGAUCGGCCAUCCCCAGCGACCUUCCCGAAGUUACCUCUCCGCAAGAUGUAUCCUCUCUCAAACGUCUUUUGAAUAUCAGCGGGAUUGCGCCCCCGCAAGCGCAAGUGCAGGCGCAAGGUCCAGCACUCGUUCAAACAUCUGCUGUUGACCCGUCCAAGUCGAAUGCACUGCUAGCCUUGUUGAGGAGUGGCUCACAAGAAGCUGUUCCCCAGAUCACUCGGAAUGAUGUGCCACCACCAAAUGCCGCUCUUCCCAGACCCGAGCAACCGGCUCACUUGGCCCCAAAUUUCUUCCCGGGCUUUCCUCAGCAGCACCAGCACAUGGGACCCUCUGCCAUAAUGCAGCAGACCUCUGCUCCUCCGUACCAGUCAGCGUCAACCCCUCAUUAUCAGCCUCCGCGCCAUGCAUUUCCGCCCAUGGCACAGCAGGGACCUUCUGCUAGACAACCUGCGAUGCCAGCAUUUCCUCAACCACACGCUCCGAACUACCGCAAUCAGUUUCAGUUUCAGCAGUCUCCAUCGUACAAUGUUGCAGCCCCGAGGCCUGUGCCCGCGCCGUUCCAGCAGACAGGCGAUCCUCAAUUUUCACAAAUGGCUCAGCCGUCUCAGGAUCAGGGCGCCAGAGUUCCUCCAGCGAGCAAGCUGCCUCCACCCAAGCUCACAAGUCACUCCUUGGCGCUCUUAAAUGUCUUCCAAUCGUCCAAAACACCAAAGGGCCCAGCUGCAGCUAUUGCGGCAUCUCCUGCACAAGUGGCACCUGCACAGGCGGCACCGGGACCUGCCCCGGCCAAGUCUCAGCACCACAGCGACCUGCUGAAUCUCUUCAAGGGACCUCGCACAGUACCCACUUCUGAGCCCAUCGAAUUGUCAGCUCAUCAAUCUGUGCCACCCACUGGGCACUCAGACAAGCAGAUUCUUCAGCGCCCUCGAGACAACACCAGGAAACCUGUGGAUGCCAAUACAGGCAUCAGCCAACCAGCAGCCACCAUUUCUGGGCCCAUGAAUAUGCCUCAAUUUGAGACCAUCUCGAAAUCGACAGUCAAGAAACCAGUCAAUGGACCAAGCCGGAAGAAUAACACGAGUCGACAGAUACAAGGGCCGGCAUAUCAACAACUGUCAUCUCCCAUUACUAUCUUGCCUCGACCUCGGUCGGCAAAGCGAGAGCCCUCGGAGUCACCCAGGCAUACUGCACAGGCACCGUCUCAAUCCCCUGCCAGCAAGCCCGAAGCUGCCGAACAACAGAAGCCCUUCCAGCCUCAGAUCUUGCGUCGGUCUGAGAAGACGGCAGAGAAGCCGGCUUAUGAGCAGAACCUGAUGUCAAAGCUUGGAUCCCCCGACCAGAAGCCGAGUUUGCCCAACGCGCAGCGGCCACUGGCACCGCCGAUGAACAAUUUCGACCGCCGGCCUAGCCAGACUGUCGCGCAGAAAGAAACUUUGCUUUCUCUGUUCAGCAAGCCGCCUACGUCUCCGCCUUCCACAUCGGCAGCACAGUCCACCGCGAACCAGCAGCCGGCUGCUACGUCUCGAGUCGUCAGCCCGCUUUCGUCACUUGCUCAGCCUAGCAGUGUGGAUUCUAUUUCUCAAUACGGUACUCCCUCAGAUGGAGGGAUGAGCAACACGCCCACUGCCCAUCGCAUUGCCUCGCCUACUGACAAGGCGUUCCUACUUGGGUUCUUGGAAGGUGUUGCGAAGGGCAAUAAAUGA